UUGAUUUGUAGUGAGAGAAGAGAAAGCAAAGAGUGAUGUCGACCAGUGACAGAGGCGAAGACCAAUUGAAGAAGCAACAGCUUAACAAAAGCCCUAAAGAUGGCGAACGGAUCAUCGCUUCGACCCGUCGACCCGACGGAACACUCCGAAAAGAAAUCCGAAUUCGACCCGGUUACGUUCCUCCAGAUGAAGUCGCUAUCUAUCAACCAAAACCCGCACUCAUGAGAAAAGAAAUGGCUUCGCAUAUUGGUCCUCCUCCGGGUUAUGAUCCGCAAUUGGAUUCCAAACCGAAAACCAAAGCUGUUAAGAGAAACGAAAGAAAGAAAGAAAAGAAACGCCUUCAGGUAAAGGAAACUAAUUUAGAAUCAACUGUAGUUGAAGAUAGUAUAAAGCAAGAAGCGGUAGUUGUGGAAAAUGCUGUCCAUUCAUUAGCUUCUCAGAUCAAUGAACUAGCAGUUUCUGGAGAUAGCUCUGUUGUUACUCCUACCAUCAACUCUGUGGAAGCUUCGGAGCCAAAUGGCUCGGCUCAAGAUUUAGACAAAAGAAUCCGAGCAUUGAAAAAGAAGAUUCGACUUACAGAAGCACUGCAGGAGAAAACUGCAGAGCAAGAUUUAAAGCCAGAGCAGUUAGAGAAGCUGGCAAAACUAGAAGAUUGGCGUAAGGAGCUAAAACAAUUGGAGAAUAAAAAGACCGAAGUAUUGGUCGUGUGAACAGUGUUAAAAUUAGGAUGAUAAGAAUUUGUAGUUCUUUGUGUUUUUUGGUUAGAUAAAAACUCUAAAUCAGUAAAUCUAUCAAGGAUUUUAUUUUUACUGUCUCUUCUACCUUGCAUUUCGCUAUAAUAUUUUAUAUAACUGUUAGGGAGUUACCCAUCGAUAAUGUUAUAUCCGAAAGAAAAAUUCAACAUGAGCUAUGUGUUGCUUGAAUACUUGUCCUUGCAAAAGUAGUAAGGCUUAGUUUCAGCACAUACUCACUCUCCGCGAAGAGCUUCGCUAGCUGUUUCCGUCUCUGAUUCUGUUUCGAAAGCCCCCUGACAACUCCAUUUCGACAUGUCUUAGGUCAAAUGAUGUGGAGAUCUAUUAGCUAGCUUUCAUAAACUCUUAGUUAAUUGAUUUCAGUUUCUUGUGGUGACUAACAUAGAUUGAAUUUUACAAACAAUUUCUGAAUCAUUUUACACCCUUCAUGUGAUUAUAGUUUUCAGGUUCUAUGAAAUGUUGACAGGUUCACAGCCUUGCACGGUGAAGUGUUCUUUAGUAGUCUUGAUGUUGCCUAUAUGACAAUGUUCCUCGUAAAUCCAAACAAAUACAAAAUUCAAUUAAAGUAUGGUGGUUUGUGGUUUGAGCUUUAGAGCUAACGAAAAUAACUACCAAUCAAUAGGUCAAUCUACAAC